GAGCUUUUUCACUUUCUCUAAUGGCGGAAGAAUUUUGCAGAGCCGUCGACGAUGGAAUGAAGCUUUCAAAACGCAUAUACUUCGGCAAAGAUAGAGCAGUGGCGCCACCGAAGGUUCCAACGAUGUCAAAGUCUUCAACCUCACUUCUUCCUAAAGCUCCAAUGGUUUACGCGGUGAUCCACGAUCCUGGGAUCGUUGAUAAUCCUGACAUAGCUAGCUAUCAGCCUCACGUGUACGGUCGGUGUGAUCCUCCGGCACUCAUUCCGCUUCAGAUGAACGCUAUUGAAAUGGAAAUUGAUUGUUAUCUUGAUACUGCGUUUGUAACCGUCUCCGGCACGUGGAGAGUCCACUGUGUUACUGGUAGCAGCACCACCGAUUGCCGUCUCGCCAUUCCCAUCGGCGACGAGGGUUCAAUUCUAGGUGUUGAAGUGAAUGCUCUUAGAAAAUCAUAUUCAACUCGACUGGUAGUUAUGGAUGAGUGCAAGGAGAAUCAAAGUGCCACUCCAGCUCAAAAUGGGGGCUUUCUUAAGUCAAAUAUAUUUACUUUAACUAUACCGCAGAUUGACGGGGGUUCAAAUUUAUCAAUUAAAAUGCGUUGGUCUCAGAAAGUAGUAUGCUCCAAUGGCGAGUAUUCUUUGAAUGUGCCAUUCACCUUUCCUGAGUUUAUCAACCCUGCUGGUAAGAGAAUGUCAAAAAGAGAAAAGAUAAGACUGAAUGUGGAUGUUGUUGCUGGAAGUGAGCUUCUGUUCAAGACAACUAGCCAUCCCCUACAGCAAGUGAGGCGUCAUGCUGGGAGUAUGGGUUUCGUAUGUGAUAACGAAGUUCUCUCAUGGUCAAAAGAUGAUUUUAGCUUUUCAUAUGCAGUUUCUUCAAGUCAUAUAAAUGGCGGUGUUCUCUUGGAAUCUGCAUCUGUGCAUGAUUUUGAUCAAAGAGAGAUGUUCUACUUGUAUCUGUCUCCUGGAAAUAUUCAAAAGAAGAAGGUAUUCAAAAAGGACAUAAUAUUCAUUAUCGACAUCAGUGGAAGCAUGCAGGAGAAGCUAAUGGAUGACACAAAGAAUGCACUACUUUCUGCUCUCUCUAAGCUAAAUUCCAAUGAUAUGUUUACAAUUAUAGCCUUUAAUGGGGAGAGUCAUCUAUACUCGAAAUCAAUGGAAUUGGCUUCCAAUGAUGCUGUAGAAAGGGCCAGGGAGUGGAUCAAUUUGAACUUUGUAGCUGGGGGUGGUACAAAUAUUUCACAUCCAUUAAAUACGGCAAUAGAAAUUCUAUCCGGUGCUCAAAGUUCAGUUCCGAUAAUUUUCCUAGUUACAGAUGGAACUGUUGAAGAUGAGAGACAAAUUUGUACUAUGGUAAAAAAUCAUAUGAUCAAUGGAGAGUCUAUAUGCCCUCGAAUUUACACUUUUGGUAUAGGUCCAUUCUGCAAUCAUUAUUUCUUGCGGAUGCUUGCUACGAUUGGUAGGGGCCAGUAUGAUGCUGCACUGGAUGUAGAUAUGAUUGAGUCUCGAAUGCUGACAUUGUUUGAAAAAGCUUCAUCGCUCAUUCUUGCAAAUAUCAAAAUGGACAUGUUGGAUGAAAUUGAUCAAGUUGAGGUAUACCCGUCCCAUAUCCCAGAUCUUUCGUCAGAGGGUCCAUUGAUUUUAUCCGGCAGAUACAAGGGAAAUUUUCCUGAAACUCUUAAAGUCAAAGGUAUCUUGGCUGAUUUCAGUAAUUUUGAAAUAGAUCUGAAGAUACAAAAGGAUAAGGGCAUACCUGUACAAAGGGUUUCUGCAAGAGAUCAAAUACAACAUCUUACUGCUCAAGCAUGGCUUUCAGAAAAUAAACAACUAGAACAGAAGGUUGCGAAACUGAGCCUGCAGACUGGCUUUAUAUCUGAGUAUACAUGUAUGAUAAUACUUGAGAAUGAUCAUCUAAAGAAGAUCAAGGAAUCACCUGGCGAAAAAACAGUGUCAAAAAAGAAACAUUCUCGAUAUGAGGCCAAUGUCCAAGGACAGAGAAUGAUUCUACUCCCGAACUUAGGUGUUGGCUUUGGCAACUUGAAAGCAACAGCUGAAAAUACUCCUCCAGGAUAUGAAGCAAAGAUUGAAAUGGCUGAAAUCUUUAAAGCGGCCUCAAAUUGCUUUGACACCGUGUGUGGUUAUUGUUGUUGCAUGUGCUGCAUCCAGUGCUUUUCCAGGAUGAACAACCAAUGUCUUACUGCAUUGAAUCAGCUUUGCAUUGGUCUGGGAUGUCUCGCCUGCCUCAAUUGCUGUUCACAUAUAUGCUGUUCUGGAAACGACGGAUGAAAGCUACUCUGUCUCAAGAUUAUUGUAUUUUACUGCAUAGAAAUUGCUAUUAAUUUAGUUUUUUUGGAAAUGUAUAUGAGUAAGUCUUCAGUUUUAAUUUAGCGGUUGUUAUAUAGUUUUAUAAGGAUAGGCGUGCAAGUUUUCACUUGCAAUAGAAAGUAAACUAUACCGUGAAAGAAAAAGAUUUUAUACAAGGUGUUAGUUGCCGUCAAUGGAACAGUUUUUCUCUUGAAUUA